GCCGGGGAGGCCGGGCCGCGCUCAGAGCCGCGCCGGGGGGAGCGGGAGCGGGCGCGGGGCCGCGGCGCGGGCGGGGCGGGGGAGGCCCCGCAGCCGGCGCUCCGGCAGGUGGCACUGGCCGCCUCCCCCGCGCCCCCCCGAGCUCCGCCGCCGCGCUCAGUCCGCCGGCGCCGAUGCUGCUGAGCGGAGCGGCCGCCUCGGAGCGCGGCGGCUGCAGCGGCGGGGCGGGGGCCGGCGGGGCCCCGCAGUGCGUGGGCACCAUGGCCCGCUGGCUCCGCGAACACCUGGGCUUCCGCAGCGCCCGGCCCGCGCCGCCCGCGCCGCCCAAGCCCGACUACCGCGCUGGGCCGCCGCCGCAGCCGCCCCUGCCGCCCGGGGGCGCGGCCGAGCCGCUGGCCGCCGCCCAGCCCGACAUCGUGGCGGCCUACCGGCUGCAGAAGGAGCGCGACUUCGAGGACCCCUACAGCGGCCCGCCGCCCGCCGCCGCCCCCGACGGGCCCCGCUACGUCUCGCCCAAGCACCGGCUCAUCAAGGUGGAGGCGGUGGAGAAGGUGCCCGCCAGCCCCUCGCCGCCGCCGCCGGUGCCGGCGCCCCCCAGCUCGCCCCCGGCCGGUCCCGAAGCGCCCGACGAGCCGCCGCAGGAGCUGGCUGUUCUGGAGGACUAUGCAGAUCCCUUUGAUGCGGCACAGGUGGCAGGAAGCCAGGCAGGGCUGGAGAAGGUGAUGGAGAAUGAUGGAUAUAUGGAGCCAUAUGAAGCCCAGAAGAUGAUGGCUGAGAUCCGCCAGAAGGGCUUGCGGGAGGCUCCGGCCCGGCCGCUGCACCUCUACGACACUCCCUACGAGCCCGUGCUGGACAUGGACAGUGACUGCCCCAGGCCCAGGGAGUCCCGGCUGCCCGAGGACGACGAGAGGCCACCAGAGGAGUAUGACCAGCCCUGGGAAUGGAAGAAGGAGCGGAUCUCCAAAGCCUUCGCGGUUGAAAUCAAGGUCAUUAAAGACCUGCCAUGGCCCCCGCCGGUGGGACAGCUGGACAGCAGUGAAAGCCCCCCGGAGGGGGAGGCGGGUGCCCCCACCCCUCCGCAGCACGGCCAGCACAGCUACGAAGACGCCAAUGGUCCCUCGGAGGGGCUGGGGUACGGCCGCACCUCGCCCUGCAGGGAGGAGAAGGCCAGAGCUGUCCUCAGGCAUGGCUCCAGCAGCCUCAAGAACACAAAGGCACUGACAGCUGAGCCUGGCCCCUUUGUUGGGGAGAGGAUUGACCCUGCCCUGCCCCUGGAGAGCCAGUGCUGGUACCACGGGGCCAUCAGCCGGACGGACGCGGAGACGCUGCUGCGGCUCUGCAAGGAGGCCAGUUACCUGGUGCGCAACAGCGAGACCAGCAAGAACGACUUCUCCCUCUCCUUGAAGAGCAGCCAGGGCUUCAUGCACAUGAAACUGUCGCGGACACAGGAGAACAAGUACGUGCUGGGUCAGCACAGCCCGCCCUUCGACAGCGUGCCGGAGAUCAUCCAUCACUACGCCAGCCGCAAGCUGCCCAUCAAGGGGGCCGAGCACAUGUCCUUGCUUUACCCGGUGGCUAUCCGUACCCUAUAGUAAUCACCCCCACGAGCCAGGCUCAAGGCUGGGUGCACCCAAAACUGGCCCAUCCACAGGGCUGAGCGCUGCCGUGCCAAGGAUGGGCCCCAGACCGUCAGCCCACGGGCAGCUCGCUGGGCACAGCCGGUGCUGUCGGGGAUUGCUGCAGCCAGGCCCCUCGUCCUGCUCUCCCAGGGGCUCCCCUGCACUGGUUUGGUGCUGGCAUGGCACUGGAAGGACCCCCUGUGCGAGGAGCUGAGUGGGGCUCGCUGCUGUCCACACCUCCACACCUGCCUCCUUGGCAGAGCUUGGGAUGCCAGGACUGGAGCUGGGACCUUGGAGAGUCCAGGGAGGGGGGCAGUGUGUGCGAGUACGGGGGCGAAUCAUCUGGUAGCAGGCUUGAGGUACCUCCAUGAGGGUGCCUAGCUCUGCCCGUGAGAGACAAAAUGGCUGUGCUCGCAGGUAAGGAGGCUGGCAGGGGUGAGCAGGACCUGCCUGGGCCAGCAAGGCAUGCAGAGUGCCAGGCAGGCUGCCCUUACUGCACCGGUGCUCAGUACUCACUGCCAUCCUGUGCCAAACGUGAACAGUGACCGGCCUUGGCCAUGUGUGCAGCACCACUGCCUAAUAAAGCAGUGCAUGGUUGUCUCCUG